AUGGAGGGAACGGGUUAUGGAAUGGUUCUCAGAGAUUGCUCAGGGAACUUUCUGAUGGGAGCGACUUACCGAACGAAAAGGCGAUGGCCGAUUGAGAUGGCGGAAGCCCAGGCGAUGAGAUGGGGACUGAAGCUAACCAGACUGUAUUUUUCCCAACCGCUGCUUCUCGAGUCCGAUUUCCAAUCAGUGAUACACAAGCUCAAUCGGCGGGAUGCAACAGAAAUGGAGGUGGGGAUGAUCUGUGAAGAAAUUCGGGAUCUAGCGGCUGAAGAAGGAAAUGUGGAGUGGAGAUUCUAG